AGAUAAUAUAUAUAUAUAUAUAUAUUAACAGAAUGGGAGAAAAGGUAGAAGCUUCUUUGCCUGAAGAACAAGGUAAGAAGAAGGUUGUGAGAAGAAAAUUCAUCGGUAAGAGAACCGAUGCUGCAACUGGAGAUAAAGCAUCUUUAGUUAGAGUAGGGAACAAAUCAAGACAUGUUGGUAGAGUAAUGAACCAAAUCCCAGAUGAGAUCUUGAAUGAUAGUGAUUUGAAUGAAGCUAUAAAGUUAUUACCAUCAAAUUAUAACUUUGAAAUACACAAAACGGUAUGGAAUAUCAAGAAGAAUAAUGCCAAAAGAGUUGCAUUACAAAUGCCGGAAGGUUUACUCAUAUACUCUUUAAUUAUUUCCGAUAUACUAGAGCAGUUUUGUUCAGUUGAAACUGUUGUUAUGGGUGAUGUUUCCUAUGGUGCUUGUUGCAUAGAUGACUACACAGCUAGAGCUCUUGAUUGUGACUUUAUCGUUCAUUAUGCACACUCCUGUUUGGUUCCAAUAGAUAUCACAGCUAUCAAAGUCUUGUACGUUUUCGUUACUAUCAAUAUUGAUGAAACUCAUCUAAUAAACACCAUCAAAUUAAAUUUUGAUAAAGGUUCCCAAUUAGCAUGUUUUGGUACCAUUCAAUUCAAUCCUACAAUUCACAGUAUAAGAGCUAAAUUGCAAGACGAUGACGAAAAAGUUAUGUACAUAAUACCUCCACAAACAAUGCCUUUAUCUAAGGGUGAAGUAUUGGGCUGUACUUCUGCAAGGCUUGAUAAGGAACAGAUUAAUGCUAUGAUUUAUAUAGGAGAUGGCCGUUUUCAUCUUGAAAGUGCUAUGAUUCAUAAUCCAGAGAUUCCAGCUUUUAGGUAUGAUCCAUACUCCAGAAAAUUCACAAGAGAAUAUUACGACCAAAAGCAACUUCUUGAAGUUCGAGAAGAUGCUGUGAGAAUCGCAUCUAAAUCUGAAAAAAUCGGCCUUAUAUUAGGUGCUUUAGGUAGACAAGGUAAUCCGAUUACUUUAGAUAAUUUAGAAAAGAAGUUUUCGGCUCAUGGCAAAAAAGUUGUAAAGAUCAUUUUGAGUGAAAUCUUCCCUCAAAAACUUUCCAUGUUUGAUGAUAUAGAUGCAUUUGUUCAAGUAGCUUGUCCUCGAUUAUCUAUUGAUUGGGGUUAUGCUUUUAAUAAACCACUUCUCACACCAUAUGAGGCCAUGGUUAUGUUAGAUAAUGAUACGAAAUGGAAUGAAAACUACUACCCUAUGGACUACUACGCAAAAGAAGGUUACGGAAGGGGUAAAAUACCUGAUCAUUCGAAAGUCAUUUAAUAUUAUUUAUUCUAUUUAUAUAAUGUACAUAUGCAAAUAGGGGU